GAAAAGGCAACAGGCAAUUCAGCUUGAACAGUGUCUCGAGAACGCUAAGCCGACAUCUACAAAUAUUCAUUGCAAUACGAAAAUAUUUCUUUGUUUUGUAUUUUAGCAUUUUGUACUUAUUUAGUGUGAAGUGCCAGUUUUCAUAGUGUUAAAAAUGAGGAUCUACGCAUUCAUUUUGUUAUUUUGUUUUUAUUCAGUCGAAUGUCGUAAAGCUAUUGUGCCGAUAAACAAAAAUGCUAAUAUUGAUUUUAUUAAUAUGGAGGCAGGAGGUGUGAGACCUCCAAAUAAUAUUCGUCCAGGAACGGCGCAAGCUCCAGCUCAGGCUCCGGUUCCAACAACAGUUAAGCCAGCCGCACCUGCACCCGCACCUGCUCCUCAACCUAAGAAUCCUACACCGACUACAGUGGCUCCCGUUGCUUCACCCAAGCAAUUACCGACUCAAGCUCCUACUCUAAUUACUCCAAAACCAGUUAAUCCUACCCCAGCCGCUAAGCCCAUCACCACUCCCGGUCCUGGAAGUGUAAAGCAACUCAUUACCUUUUACGAUAGUCAGGGAAAGGCGAGCCCUAUUCGUCCUUACACUUAUAGCCAGGCUGUUAAACAGGGCUAAAUAAAUGCAUAGAAUAAAUGUAUUUUGUCAUCUUA